GUCCCUUUGGGAUUCGAGCGCGAGGGGCGUGAGUCUCGACGUCGGCGAGUUCGACGUCGAUCCGACGGCCGGCAGGUGGCAGCACCUGGCGGCGUCGCCGCUCUCUCGCGCCCUCGGCUUCCUUUGUAUGUUUUGACAGUGGCAGCGGCGCGCGUCAGUCCACGUUUAAUCGCGCAGGGCGUCGCGCGCGCGGAUCCCCACCGCGAUCUCGCUCACCGCCGUGCCGUCGUCGCCAUGGCAGCGCGUGUUGUGGAUGCGUCCUGAGGAUGUCGUCGCCGACGCUGUACCAGGAGCCGAGGAGGUAUGUGCCGGAUGAUCGGCGAGGAUAAAAAGCGGCACGACAGUGAUCAUGGAAGAUGAUCAAAGAAUUAUCCGAAUUUCUCUAGAGAAAAUACAACUCGCACCAAUAUUCUGGACAUAUUUCUGUCUGCUACUCAUGCUGAGCGGAAGCUUAUCUGCAAUUCAGGACAAUUCCUAUGGACAUGGGACAGAGGAAAAGACAGCGAAUUUAGGGGUGACCGAAGAAACGAGCCUUGUGUCGUCUUCGCAAGGAACGAGUAACACUAUUCCCGAGGCCGAGGAGAGCACCUCGGAGAUUUUAAGAAAGUAUGGUGGGAAGAAAGUUGAGACGAGUGCUCAGGCCGAGCAGGUGGAGAAACCUUAUGGGUACACCAGGUCGCAAAGUCCUAUUGAUGAGAGGGAAACGAAGGCAAAUGUAACCCACAGCGAUAUCCUUGACAACGACAUUCACCAAUCAAAGCGCUCGGGCGUCUCUGUUUCUUCAUCUGUCGACACCUCGAGCACGGAGUCGACGACUCAAAGCGACAUCAGGCCUGAAUCACAAUCAGAGAGCACCGGCCUCCUCUCCAAUACGACGUUAUUUAACUCGACCGAAUCCUUCACCUUGAAUGGCGAUACCGAUUCGACGUCCAUGCUCGAUAAAACUAUAACGUCUGCUGAUCAAAUAAGUCAUACUACUUCUCAGGAACUACAAGAAAAAAAUACUGAGAUCUUUACUUCCCAAAAUGGUAAUUCAUCGUUAACGAGAGAUACAUCGACAAUGUCAAUAGCAUCGGUUGCAACGAUGCCAACGAUGUCAACGAUGAAUCAGUCCGAGAUAUUGAGUACCGACAGUACUAAUAUUCCUUCAACAAUCAUAGAAUUAACGACUACUCAACAGGAAGAAUCUCCGAUAACCGUCAUUACUGCUACUACUACUACUAGUACUACUUCUACUACCACUACUACUGGUACUACUCCAACGCCAAUGACGCCGUCCUCGACAACGACCCCGGUGACAACGUCCUCGACGAUAGCGACGACAGAAGCGAUUAUCUCAACGACAAUUCCAACAAUGACGAAAGAGCCAACAACAGCAUCAACGGCCCCAUUAACAAAAUCAACGUCAGUAUCGACGACAACUACACCAGUGAUAAUAAUGCCUACCAAAUCUUCUAUAAAAACGCGAUUGACGACAAAGAAGAUGACAACAAUGUUAAGGACGGUUGUAACCCCAAAGACGAUUUCAACAAGUUCAGAAAAUUAUGGCUCGUUGAGUACUUGGCCAGACGAAAAUUUGGAGAACACGAUCGAUGUUAUUUCCCCAACGCUCUCAACCGAAGAUAUAACUUUGCUAAUCAGAAUUAUAUUUGAGGGCAGUUGGUACGAUGUCUGCUCAAAGUUACCAGCCUUACGUCUGUCUUUGGCCGAAUUAAUUAACAACAAUGUGGAAAAGACGAUAUCUCAAAGGCAAAUUAUUUUUCAUCAAACUCAGUGUACGGAUAAUUUGAUACCGGCGUCUUUAGUGUCAGACAUAUCACCGUUAACCUCCGUACUGGUUUAUAUAGUCGACGAGAGUGGCCACUUUGACGGAACAUUAACAAACAUUCUGCCGAGUUUAUAUCAAAUGUCUCCCAUUGACUUCCCAUUAAAAAUCCAUAGCUUUCAACUGGUACCCGAAGCCGAUUCGAGUAAUGCGAUUGCUGUCAUAAUUGUAUCUUGCGUCGCAUUUAUCUGUUUAAUUUUAUUGGCUGGCUUAUUGUUCAUAAUGAGAAAACGACAAGGCCGUUUCAAUUAUGGCGAACGCUGUCGUCCCGUAUCAUUGGAUGCAUACAGCCUCGAUAGCGUAUCGGCUUACAACAGCGUAAGGCGCAACAAAGGUGCGCUGAGAUCAUCAAAGCGCAGCUACGGCAACCCGACUUUCGAAGAUUCCAGCGCCAUUCCCACCCGAUCGCUCAACUUUGCCGCUCUCGAGACAUUCUGCGCCGACGUGACGGCCGUAGACGAGGAGUUCGCCGGCAUUCCGCAGGUUUCCUCGAAGAUAGACGAGUUGCCGCCUGGGGCGGAGCUGAAGAAUCGAUACGCUAAUGUGAUACCGCUGCCGGAAACGCGAGUGCCUCUCCUUAGACUCAACAACGACCCACUAACCGAGUAUAUAAACGCGAGCUACAUACGGGGCCCGAAAAACGCCGGGAAAUUCUACAUCGCCUGCCAGGCACCGACCGAGAGCACCGUCCCCGAUUUCUGGCGUAUGAUCUGGGAGCAACAGUGCAGGGUGAUAAUAAUGCUGACGGACCUCGUGGAGAACGGGGCGGAGAAGUGUAGCGAGUACAUUCCGCCGCUGGAAGUGAGCGACUGCCAUAGGUUGUACGGGGAUUAUCAAGUGACGCUGAGGAAGCGGGAAGCCAAAGAGAAGUACGCCAUUUCUACGCUUCACCUUAAGAAUCUGGAAAAGAACACGUUCCGCGAAGUCUGGCAUAUCUGGUAUCUCUGGCCGGCGAAUGGUAUACCGGCGGACGGAGCCGGACUGAUCGCCGUUCUUCUGGAGGCGCGAGCCUUGCAGCGCAACGCCACGGGGCCGAUCGUCGUGCACUGCAGCCCGGGCACCGGUCGCACCGGGACUUUGAUAGCCCUCGACUUGGGAAUUAGACAAUACGAGAUGACUCGAACGGUCGACGUGCCUAGAGUCGUCUACACGAUAAGGAGGGACCGAGCCGGGGCUGUCCAAACGCAGGAGCAGUAUGCUUUUAUAUACAAGGGACUUCAUUUAUACGCUAGUAAGCUCGCAGGCGGAACGAUCGAAUCGACUUGAGCAUAUAAAAUAAUUGGGGGUACGACAUAGGCGCGACCCUUCGUUAAUAGUGGAACGGCAAGUUAUUUUCUUGUACUACUUAUUGUGAUACAAUAGCUUCGAGUGUGAAAAAAACGUCGAUUAAGAAAAUCAUUUUUUUUUUU